CACGACAUCGACUAUGAUAUGGACAUGUCUGACGACGCAAACGAGGACCUCAAUACCCGCACCUCUCGCUCCACCAAUCGGUCACGCACCCAGGAUCCUGGCAAGGCCAAAGCAACCUCGAAAGACAGCGGCUCAGGCAACCGCGCGCGCUGGGAAGCCGGCGCCCAAAGGAACUGGGACUUGCACGAAGGCGACGAUGGAAACCUCACCAGUGUGCUGGGUGGUAUGGAGGAAGCCACCAAACGUCUACGGUUACAAAAGGAUACUACGCCUCUGCAACGAGGCAUCAUACGGCAUUGUUUGCUUGUGCUGGAUCUGAGCAUUGCGAUGACGGAAAAAGAUCUACGACCGACGAGGUUCUUGCUCACACUCACAUAUACCAUUGCAUUUGUCCGGGAGUUCUUCGAGCAAAAUCCUAUAUCGCAGCUUGGCAUCUUGGGAAUGAGGGAUGGCUUAGCAGUCAGGAUUUCAGAGUUGUCGGGCAAUCCUAAUGAUCACAUUACUGCUUUGAAAGAGUUGAGAAAAACAGAACCAAAGGGAGCUGCUAGUUUGCAGAAUGCCCUCGAUAUGGCAAGGGCGGCGUUAUACCACACGCCCUCUCACGGCACCAGGGAAGUGGUGAUCAUUCUCGGCGCACUGAGCUCUUCGGAUCCGGGCGAUAUCCAUCAGACCAUCAAUGCUUGCGUUAGAGACAAGUUACGGGUCACUGUUAUUGGACUUGCGGCUCAGAUGCACAUCUGCGCCGACCUAUGCGCUCGCACGAACGCAGGAGAUACUGGCAGCUACAAUGUUGCGCUGGACGAACCUCAUUACCGCGAGUUACUCAUGGCUAUCACUACGCCACCCGUCAUGCGUCAAACCUCCUCUACUGCUGCCGUCUCGCGGUCCGCUCUAUUGCAAAUGGGCUUCCCAUCUCGCUACACCGAGCCCAAAGCCACACUAUGUGCUUGCCAUGGCGUAUUGACACAAGGAGGAUACAACUGCAGUCGCUGCAAAGCAAAAGUCUGCUCGUUACCACAAACAUGUCCAGCUUGUGACUUGACACUCAUUCUCUCCACACAUCUUGCGAGAAGUUACCAUCAUCUGUUCCCUCUUCUGCUCUGGAACGAAGUCUCUUGGUCAAGAGCUGUGCAGAAAAAGAGCACAAGGUGUUUUGGCUGCUUAUCGACAUUCCCACAGCCGCCAAAGUCGACCGUAGGCGAUGGAGAAAACGGCACAGAUGGUACAGGACCAGUGCAGAAGAGAGCAGAAGGCGCAAGUGAGAGUUCACGCUACGAGUGUCCCUCCUGCGAAAGACACUUUUGCGUCGAUUGUGAUGUUUUCUGUCACGAGGUUGUGCAUAAUUGUCCAGGUUGCACUAGUGGA